AUGUCUCCUUUUCCUCCCUCUCCCCUCCCUGAUGUAGGUAUUGGCUACUCCUCAGAACUGGCCUUUGCUGUGGAACCGAGCGAUGAUGUCGCAGUCCCCGGGCAGCCUGUAGUGCUGGGCUGCAGGGUGGAGGGGACCCCUCCAGUGCGAGUGACCUGGAGGAAGAACGGGGUGGAGCUGCCAGAGAGCACCAACUCCACAUUGCUGGCCAACGGGUCCUUGCUGAUCCGUCACUUCAGGCUGGAGCGGGGCGGCCCCUCAGAUGAGGGCGACUACGAGUGUGUGGCUCAGAACCGCUUUGGGCUGGUGGUCAGCCGGAAGGCACGCAUCCAGGCUGCAACCAUGUCGGACUUUCACGUGCACCCCCAGGCCACCGUGGGCGAGGAGGGUGGAGUGGCCCGCUUCCAGUGCCAAAUUCACGGGCUUCCCAAACCCCUGAUCACGUGGGAGAAGAACAGAGUCCCCAUCGACACAGGUGACGAGAGGUACACUCUGCUUCCCAAGGGGGUCCUGCAGAUCACAGGACUGCGGGCGGAGGACAGCGGCAUCUUCCACUGCGUGGCCUCCAACAUCGCCAGUGUCCGAAUCAGCCACGGAGCCAGGCUCACUGUGUCAGGUUCAGGCUCUGGGGCCUACAAGGAGCCAGCUAUCCUCGUGGGGCCUGAGAACCUCACCCUGACUGUGCACCAGACAGCAGUGCUGGAGUGUGUCGCCACGGGCAACCCGCGGCCCAUUGUGUCCUGGAGCCGCCUGGACGGCCGCCCCAUUGGGGUGGAGGGCAUCCAAGUGCUGGGCACAGGGAACCUCAUCAUCUCGGACGUGAGCGUCCAGCACGCCGGCAUCUACGUCUGUGCUGCCAACCGGCCUGGCACACGGGUGAGGAGAACGGCCCAGGGCCGGCUGGUGGUGCAAG